AGAUUGCACAAUAAAUUUUGAAUUAGGUAUACUUCAUAUGGCGGCCGUGCUUUACAUAGCCUACAUUUCAUAAGAAGUGUCUGACAGCAGUAAUAUCGACGCAAAAACCUAUGGCUUCAUCGAGGGUACCCAUUCUGUGCGAACGUUGUCUUCAUAACAACGUCAUUGUUAUACAAUGUGUGUUACUGUUGUUUAUCUUUACGCCUAGGUGCAUGAUGUCAUGAUUGUCAGUGCAUGCUGUUAUUAAGACUGUCGAUGUGGUAGGUAAUAUGGUCGUGAUAUCCAGUUUUAUCAAAUGUAGUAGAAGUUUGUAUAGUUUUUAAGACCAACCCAAUGGCAUAUUAUGCAUACGAAUACGAUGAUCAAUGAUCCAUAUAAAUAGUCUAUAUAUGCGGUUUCAAAUAUAAAGGGAGAUACGAAAGUCAAAGUUGGAAAUCGCUUUUGGCAAAAGAGUGAAAUAAAGUUCUACUUUUUUCAGAAAGUACAACAGACAAUCAGACAUAUAAACCAGACGUUAAAUCAUCGUGUAACAGCAUGGAGUAGGACGUUCAAUUUUCAUGUUUACUGCUCGUGUUUAUUUACACAUCCGGGUGUGUGAUAUCGCCUCUGUUAAAGUCCCACCUUUUCUCCUCGAGAAUAGACUCGUAUUGGGAACUGUAGGCGUCAGUCAUACAGUUGAGGAUCUUCCCCUCAGUGACGUUUUCAUCACAAAGUAACCAAGCCAGUUUAUCACGAACUCAACACAAAGGCAACAACAAAGACGACGGAAAUGUCCAUUGUAGCCAACUCUUUUGGAUCCCUGUUCUUAUCUCAAACGUUAAUGAUAACAAAUAAUUAAUUUGGGAGACACCAGCAGCAUGUUUUAGCCUAUGCACCAUUUAGGUCAAGCUUCGGUCUGAUCUGAUUAGACUCUGGUGGUUCCAUUUCCUCUUGUGGCGUCUGUGUGGAGCGUGCCACACACCCACUCCAGAACAACGACGGCUUUGGCUUGCAUCUUCCAGUGCUUCUUCUGUCAGCAAGUUCAGCAGAGCUGCAACUCGUCCAGUGCCAGCCCCGACGCCAGCGACGAGCCCUGUCCGAGUGAUAUGGUGAAAAUGACCAAGUCGAAGACAUUCCAGGCUUACCUGCCCAGUUGCCAUCGUACAUACAGCUGCAUCCACUGCCGGGCACAUCUGGCGAACCACGACGAGCUGAUUUCAAAGUCAUUUCAAGGCAGCCAGGGAAGAGCCUAUCUCUUUAACUCGGUGGUCAACAUCGGCUGCGGCCCGGCCGAGGAGCGGGUCCUCCUCACAGGCUUGCACGCCGUAGCAGACAUCUACUGUGAAAACUGUAAAACCACCCUAGGCUGGAAAUACGAGCAUGCAUUUGAGAGCAGUCAGAAGUACAAGGAAGGGAAAUUCAUCAUUGAGCUGGCGCACAUGAUCAAGGACAACGGAUGGGAGUGACCUCCAGGAUCUGCUUCAUGACUUUCAAACUCUGUCAGACUCCACAGACCACCAACAGCCCCGCUAUCAACAACAGCCAUGACCCCCCCAUCGCCCCGUCCCCUUAAAACACACCUACUGUAAACAGUAACACACCGUAACACCCUGCUCCCUAGGAAAACUGCACACCAUAGUGAAGAGGAAUCCAAGACAGGGAUGACCCAGCAGCAGGGAUGACUCCCCCCCCCCCCCCCCCCCCCCCUCAGCUGCCACAAAGAGUCUCUCCCUUCCUUUUAGUGAAGCUGCGUUUCUUCUUCAUGGCUCCCCAUUGUGUUUGACCCUCCUCUCCUCCGGAGCUGCGUGUUUCUGGGGACAUGGUGGGCAGGAUGUCGAAGGGGAGAAAGAGAGGCGCGACUGAGCCGUUUGUCUCCUUCCGCAGUGAGCCGGAGGUAGGGCUCUUCGGUUUGUUCAUUUUACGUGUGGGGGUUUUUUUCGGCAGAUGUUAUAGUGUUACUGGUUCGUAUUUGUGUCCUCCUCUGCCCUGGUUAUAGGCCUGUCUCUGUUCCUGGUGCUCUUUACCUGCAAGGUCCAAAUGGGACUAUGGGUUGAGGUAGGUAUACCAAGGCUCACGUGUCAGCAUCUGUCUAUUUCACAGUUAAGGAAAGAAACAGGCUCGAUGGCAGCGGUUGUGGGGUUGUGUAACUACUGUGUUUUUUUUAUCACGUUAUCUCCUAUGAUUAAGACCCUUUGUUUUCUGUAUUGUCAUUAAGACUUCACUGUGCAAUCUGUGGGACAUCCCUGUGCCUUAAAGCACCCUAAAAGCAAAAUGGUGUGUUUCUAGAAAAACAUUGAAUAGGGUGCUUUAUGGCACACAUGCAUACACAACUGUAAUGUUUUACUAAAUGUCAUUGUGGCUGGUUCCUUUUGACAACAGUACUGACACCCUACACUUAAUGCAUCAUCGUGUUACAUUGAUAAAAAGUAUAUAUACAUGUAUAUAUUUAUAGUAAGGAUAUGGAUUAUAUUUACGUGUAUGGACAUCUGCUCUCAUACAUGCAUACAGUAUAUAUACACACUGUUUGUAUAUCUGCAUGCCAAUUUGUGUCAACUUGCGUAUUUCUAAAGCAGUUUUAAGUACUUGAAAGCAGUUACUUUGUUUGCACUUUGCAGAGGCCUUUGGUUCAUGAGUUUAGAGGCAAAUGUCUGUCUGCCCUGUUUUCCUAUGCAUCUGUCUUGAAGCCCUUUUUAAUGAUUAUUGAAAUAAUGUACAAGAUGCAUUGAAUUCAAUAAGGAGUUAGUAGACUGCAGGUGUGAUAAAAUUAAAAUGACAACCACUUGAGCAAACCACAAGCUGAAAAAAACACCUGUGACAUAUUUUGCUGCUGUAACGGAAAUGCAUUCUUAUAGACAUCAUUCAUAAUGUGGACGUGUUAGCACUUUACCCCUAUCGGAGAACCUCUAAAUUAUUUUCUUUUUUUCUUUGCCUCUAAGCAGCAUGAAUCUUGUGCCUCUUCAAAAAUUGAGCCCCCUUCUCAUCCUCCUGCUGUGGGGUGCGUAACUCCAAAACCCAGCAGAGAACUGAUGGGCUUCUCCCUUUCUGUCAACAUUCCCCUCAGACACACUCUUCUUCAAAACUUCAUAGAGCUCUGACUUGAGCCUAUCCAAACCUAAAUGUACCAAAAUAUUUUAUCUAGUAGGAAUUUAGUGCUGAAAAUGUAAAGCAAUGAUUUAAAAAAUGGUUAUUAUAUUCAGAGUAGAGUGAAUCUGUAUAUGUACAUGUGAGGGUAUAGGGAAAAGGAUAGUGUUAUAUGGAGGAAUGUAUAGGGUUGGGGAUGGGGUUGUGAAGUAGCUUUUAAUUACAAAUAUUCAGACUUCAACAUAUUUGUAUUGCAGUUGUUGUAGCAGUUAGGAAUUGAGUGGGUAAGGAUGUUGGGUUGCUGGUUGAAGGGAUUUGAAAUCAGUGAGGGCUUACUUUGCUGGCAAGGUCAGGCCGAUCACAUAACCUUAUAAUCUAAAACAAAGACAAUGAAACCCAACAUGAUUUCCAACAACCUACUUGAAGAUUGAACAAAAACAUUUAGUUGAUACAUUGUCUGAGUUUUUGUACGCAGUGACAUAUUUAAGGUUUUAUACAUAUUUCUACUGUAUUUGUUCUUUUACUUCCCUGACUUAAAGCACUUUUGUUAACUAUACCUCUGGCUUUAUGUACGGGGAUGAAUGUUUAUAUGCAGGAGUGUGUGAGUUUGCUUUCCUUGUCGUUCAUUUUGGUUGUCAAGUGUUCUUUUUAUUUGGUGUUUUUGUUUGCGCUUUCUACUUGAUUUGCAAGCUUUAUAGCAAGUAAAUUUUUUCUUUGUAUGCUUUCUUUUUAUUUUGUCCCUUUUUUGUAUUUUGUUUGUCAGGUGAAAUUCGAAAAGAGGGCCAUUUUUAUCUUUGCUGAACCCAAACCGAAGUAGGUUUAGGAUGAGCUGGGUUCUCCAAUCAAGUUUUGGGAGACUAUUGGCCAAGACCAUAUAACCUACGCUUAGGACUCCCCUGUGCAAUUAUUUUACAUUAAUUGUAUCAAUCAUGUAGGAUCGCGGGCGAUCCCCAAAACCUUUCCUCGUUUGUGACAUUGAGCACAGUCAUUUUCCUCUGUAAUUUUGCAUGCCGACAGUUGUUACGGGAAUGUAUCUACAUUGUCCGUCACUCCAAUCGCCUUGUAGCACUGCUCAAAUGAGACGUACACCACCCUUUCUCGUGCACAUUUCCAGCCGCAGGGACAUGUGUAUUCUAUCUCGUUCACAUUAGUUUGUCGCUCACGUUGAUUAUUGUCGUGGGAUAUUAUUUCACAGGAGAUGUAUAGGAUUCCUCUACCUUUAUAAAAGAUUGAAAUAAAAAGGCAGUUUAAAGGAGGAUAGAAUAAAUUACAAUGACAGCUGAUUAAGAAGCUGUCGACACUGUUUUCUUUGGACCACACCAACUGUUUACAUCAGUGACUGUCUUAUCUCAGUGUGUCUAGGAGCAGCCCAAAUCCAGAAACCUUGGUGUCACUAAAAGUUAAAGGAUAAUGUUUUUUAAUACUACAGUGUAUCUAUUUAUAUUGGCUAUAAAAUUGUUGUGAACUUAUAUUUGCUGUCACAGACACAAAUUUCACUGAUUUCACAGACUAGUUAUAUUUACGUUUUCUAAUGUCAACCAUAUUUGACACUUAAAGAACUAUCGUUUUCUAUUGGGUUUUUGCUUGAAGUACAGUUUUGAUGGAUAUUGUUAAUUAUGAGUCUUAAUCGUUUAUGAUUAGUGAGAAUAUUCCAUUGAGACUGCUAAACGGCAUUUAAAAGCAGGUACAGUAAAAUUAAUCAGUCAAAAACAUAUUGCCUGGAUCCCAUGGGGUUAACAUAAUAUUUUCUGUAGUGGGUCUCUUUAAUUACACAGACACAUGUAAAAGCAGCAGCUAGUUUCAAAAUAGUGCAAACCAAAUAUCUUAGUUUAAAAAUAUGGGCACUUCUUGUUUCUGACUCCUGGAGAUUCAACCACUAGGAAAAACCAAAAAAACGAAAUGACUAGCCUCUCAAAUAUGACAAAUCUUAAAGAUUUAUUGAUGAUUAACUUUUCUAACUUAAAAAGGCAGCCUACAACAUGUACUGUUCAGAUAUCUUCUACUGAAAACAAUCCCAGCCAUCUUAUUUGGUUACACAGCAACUCUUUGUCUGUCAGUCAGUAUAUUGGAAGGACUUGAAUCCAGGUUAAAAUUGUUUUACAUUGGAAAGAUUCAUUAUUAAUAGUUCUUUUAUAGGACUGUUAAAAUAACGUACAAGGUCUAUGGGAUGUAUUUGUAAUACCUAUAUUAAAGUUUUGACCUUUUUUCGCCUUUUCUUUUCGCUUGACUACAUUGCUUUACAUUCUGGUUGAGUAAAGUCAUUAAUCUGUUUUCAUUUUGUUAUUGUAUCAGAUAUCACAAUAAAAUUUAAAUGGCA